CUGGCGUCACUGCAAGUAAGAGGAACGUGGUGCUGAAUACCAUCCACCUGCUCUGCGUGGAGACCUGGAGACUCACAAAAGAGCUUUGCGCUGCCAGGAAAACAAAGGAGGGAAGGCAAGGGAACCGGUGAAGAGGGGUUGUGAGCAGCUCCCCUUUAUCUCUAGGAAGCCAAGCUCGGUUCCUACGCCAGAAAGAGAAGGGAGACAGAGAGGUGCUGGAGGCUCCGGGAAGCGCUUAACAGAGACAAGGCAGAACUCUGGACAGAGCAUCAGGCACUGCCAAGGCUCAGAUCCAGGGUCGCUCUCCCGCCUCACUGCUUGCUUCUGGACUCCCACCCACCGCCCGCGGUACCCGUGAACGUGCCAGUGGCUGGAGCAGCUCUUUCUUCUCUGACCUGGCCACGGAAAUGGUUCUCUGGUCCUGGAAAUCCAGACCUUGUGGAUGCUUUGCUGGUGAAGAAAGAAAAGUUUGAGGAUCUGGACUGUGGUAGGGGGCGGAAAAGGUUCAGGACUUUGGAAGAAAGAAGGUGUGUGAUUGGCUUCCUUCUCUGAGCUGGAAGGAAUGAUGACCCAAGGAGGAUGUGUACCAGCGGCCAGAUCAUUGGGAGCCUCUUGGUGCUCUCUGUGCUGGAGAUAGGGCUGGGGGUGUCCAGCGUGGCCGUGGGGGCGGUCAGCUUCAGCCUAGCUCUCCGAGAGCACACGCCACAGCUUGGAGACUCGUCCCCGGUAUGGAGCGGGGUGUGUUUUCUUCUUUGUGGCAUAUGUGGAAUACUGUGCGCCAAAAAAAAAUCAGGACUUGUUAUGAUCCUCUUUUCAGCCUGCUGUAUCUGUGGACUCAUUGGAGGCAUCCUGAAUUUUCAGUUUCUUCGGGCAGUCACAAAAAAGACCUCAUCUCUGUACCCACUGCAUCUUGCUUCCAUGUCUUUGGCGUGUAUCGGCAUUGGUGGCUGCACUAUCUCCUCCUGGCUCACUUGUCGUCUAGCCAGUUAUGAGCAAAGGAGGAUGUUUUCAGAAAGGGAACAUUCCCUUCAUCACUCUCAUGAAAUGGCCGAGAAAAGAUUGAGGGCUAUUGAAAUAACCGACUUGCCCAGCUGCCCGGUGGUGCCUCCGACACCAGAGUUACCUACAAGGAGAUGACAGACAACGUGAGCAAUGGAGCACCACAACUGAUAUUUAAUGGAAGAGUGCAGUCGAUGUUUUAAAGAACUGAACAUUUUUCAGGUUGUUCAUGAGGCAGGAGAGGCUGAAGACCUGUGAGUUGCAGUUAAAAUGGUUCUUUCAUUUGAGGUUAUUUCUCCUGAGCAUCCAUAAAAUUAUUCCUUCUUAAUUUUGCCUCUCUUACACUCUUGCCUUUUCUAGAGGCUAUAAACCUUCCAGAAAUGUAGCUUAGUUAUCUCGGCAGACUGACCAAUUGUUCUGAAGAAGAGUUCCAGAAAAAUAAAUGGAACAGCAAUGUUUAAUACUGUACACAAACACUAUUUGACUAGCAUGAGCUUUAGAAUUACAAUUAUCUAUUUUAUGAAUAAUUCAAAAGUAAACACAUCAAGAACUAAAAAUAAUUUAUUGAUGUCUUUGUUUUGAAAGACAAAUGACUUCAAGUAUGCUAAAACAUCAAAACCUCAGAAACACAUUGUUGCAACAACAUUGUAAUUAAUUUCAAUUUGUGAAUGGACUAUAUUUCAUAAUUUAUUUGUAAAUUAUAAAUACUACAGCAUAAAGGUAAUUUCUUAGUGUGGGAAAGAAUAUUACUAUGUAUAAUAUUUUUGCACUUUUCAACAAGUGAAAAAUUGUAAGUGAAUAAAAUAAAUGUUUUCAUUAUGCUGUGCAGAUUGAUCUGCAUGUCUGUGAAUGAGCCUAAGAAUAAAGUAUUGUGUAUACAUCGCUGUAUAUAUAUUGUAAAUACAGAAAAUGCUCACAGCAUAUAUUUAUAGCUAUAUGAAUGUAAAUAGGUAAUAAAGAAAUUGUUAUGGUAUGAGGUUAUUCCAUCCCGUGUGAGAAGGCUGUUGCUCAAAAGCUUUCUAAGCCCACAAGGUCACAUAUUUAAUUUCUACUCUAUCUGUCCACUUCCUUCUUUUUCCUAAGUCUAUUGUGUAUAGACAAGCAUGGUGGCUGACAUGUAUGGAGCUGAGUGCCUUUUAGAUUGAAGCAUAAGUAUAAACUUCUUACCCGUUGGGUAUUUUACUAUG